CCGCCGCCGGCGAUCUUGAGCCGUGAUUUUCGCGCAUGCGCCUUGCGCUCCAUUUUAAUUCAUUCUAUUCCUUCGCUUUCUGAUAAGUGAUAACAAAAACAAAUUCCAGAUGGAGAAAUGAGAAGUGUGAUUCUGUGAUGAAAUAUAUCAAUUAAUUUAAUUUUCAUUUUACUAUUCUUAACAAAUAGAGUUAGAUUAUUCGUUAAAUUAUCGACAUACGACGUGCUGUGCGAUGGCAGAUAUUCAGUGGCCUUGGCAGUACAAUUUUCCACCUUUUUUCACAAUUCAACCUAAUGCCGAAACACGAAAAAAACAAUUGGAAGCAUGGAGAAGUUUGAUUUUAAGUUAUUUCAAGCAAACAAAUCAACAUCUCCUAGAUUUAUCAAACAUAAGUAACUUAUCACUGUUCAACAACUCGUCAAUUUCUAGAAGUCUAAAUCGAGAAGACGCCCUAGUUAUUCUGGAAUACUUAGCGAAAACCGAAAAUGCAGAACCCAUCGAUAAAAAUAGAAACAGAUGGUAUAUUUUAUGGCAUUCCAAACAAGAAUGGGCCGAUAUUAUCAUGAACUGGGUUCAAAAAAAUGGUUAUAACAAUGCUGUAGUUACGUUUCACGAACUUCAAACUAUGCCGAACCAAGAGUUCACCGAUCUGCAUGAGGAUAUUUUGAUUAUGGGUUUGAAACAACUCGAAAGACAAAACAAGGCUGAGAUAAUUUCAAUGGGAGACACCGCCGGAGUUAAAUUUUUCGAUUAGUGCAUAUGUGUAUACCUACCUACCGAUUGCAUCAAGAGAUAUUUUAUAUUAUAAUUUAUAAUAUUGUUGUUUGAAUCAAAUUUUGUAUGUAUUUAUUCUUAAAUGAAUCGUUUUAAUGAA